AUGAUCGCCGUCAAGAUUCCGGAUGCAGCGGUGAAAACUGGAAAAUCUGAACAAAGUGAAUUAUUUCUGAAGUUGAAAUUGAGGAAUGAAAGUGAGAGAAGUCAUGAAGAUGCAGAACGUGUUAAGACAGAUACAUGUCCUGCAAAUACUGAGACUUCAAAAAGUGAGAAUGAUGAUCAAUCAGCUGCUGAAGAUAUUUCAAAAGCUUACCAAAGUGAGAAUGUUGAUGCUUUAAUAGCAAAGAUACAAGAAUUGAAGAAGGAAAUUUGCACAUUCUCUUGUGUAUUGAAGAAGAGUGCAAAAUCUUGCAUGCGACUUAAAAGAGAGAACAAGAACUUGCUGCAAGAAUUGAAGCAAAAAUAUAGCAAGGAUGAAAUCUCAAAACUUGAAUCAAUGAACCCUGAUGGGAAAUCACAAUCUCUUGAAGAUGACGAUGAAGAACAGUACCAGACUAGUUCAGAAUCAUCGAGCGAGUUCAACUCUUCUCCAGAUUGCUAUUCGGAUGAUGAUGAUGAUGAUGGAGAUUCUGAUUCACUCCCACUCUUGCAAUUGAAAAGUAAACAAACAACACCUGUAAAUGAAUGA